AUGCGCAUGCGAACGUCCAUAUGGCGUGGGAUCCUUCUGGCCUUCGUUGCUUUCUGCCCGGCGCCGAGCGCCGAGCGCGACGUCAGCUUCGUGCAGCUGGAGACGGUGCUCUCAUCCAGGGACCCGGGCUCUGAGGGAGCCCUUCUGAGCGUGGCUGGCGGCGAAGGCCUUGCAACAAGACCGUGGGAGGUGUAUCACUUCCUGGCGGUGGCCUAUCACAAGAGCGGGGUGGAUCUCAUGAAAAAUCUACUCCAUGAUAUCUUCCAUGCUCUCGGGGCACCGGACACGGCCAUCGGGAAGUGGUGCCGCCCGUGCUAUCCUAACACCUGUGCCAAUCCGACUGCGCCCAUCCGUGUGCUUCUGGACAUGUACUCCCCGGAAGUCGAGGCCCGGGAGCGAGCGUCCGCUCCUCAGGGCAUGCGCGUGGCCGGCAGCGUUCGCAACCCUCUGGAUAUGGUCGCCUCUGCAUACUGUUACCACAUUCGGAUGCAGGAGCCCCUGAACCUGAUGACUCUCGCUCCACUGCUUCUGUUUAUGGACCUCAAGGACGGCGUGGCUUUCCUUGGUCGGCGGAUGCUGGAACUGGUGGAGGAGAUGACGGCGGUAUUCGAGUCUCCGGCCAAUGACACCCAUCGCGUGGACUACGAGCGCAUGGUAGGCUCCUCCGAUGGUUUUGAUGUUGAGCUGGAGAAGCUGCUGACCUUCUGGUUCGAAGGCAUGAAUCUGACCGAUGAGGAGUGGGAGCUCGUGCGCCGGGCUGGCAGGCAGCAGGACCUCCACCGAUUUCCGGAGGUUGACGAUCACGAGCACACCAACAGCCCGGACUGCAUGGCGAACGCCAGAAAUGCCACGCUCGCCAUGCCCACAGGGCUGCUCGCCCGCUACAAGGCCUGCCAGCAGCGCCUGGGAUAUCCGAUGGGCUGA